AUGAUUUCCGACUCUCUCUACCAGCUCGCUGUGAGCGACAAAAGUGUUAGCUCAGAGUUGGCUCAGAACCCCAAAGAAUUCCCCGGCCAGAUCGCGCACAGGCUCUUCAGCAAUAGAAAACCCGAAGCCGUCGACGAGAGUCGUCAGUCAUCAUCUCAUGAGAAAGGAGACGAAGCUGGUCUCCAGCGAGCAUUGAAUUCUGGGAAAUGGGGAGAACAACGCCCGAGCAAUUUGUUCUUGAAGUGUUAUUUAGAUUCUCUUCGCUCCCUUGAGAACCAACCAUUGGCUGGAGUUGUGUCCCCAAGUUUGAUGGGCAGUAGUGGUGUCGUUCCGUUGACGAUAGUCUCCACGUUACCGGACAUUAAUCGCCAUACUGCUAAUUGCAUUGUGCGUGCGGAGAAGGAAGUGCUCCUAGCUACUAAUUUCUGGAUUCACUCCGACGCCUCAAUUCUAAUAACCAAUGCACUGCGCGAACUAUCAAGACGAGCUGGGGAGCGUGGCCAGAAAGUCGUGGUUAAGAUCAUCUACGACCGCGGCAGUGUGAAGCAGGUAUACCAAAAUCACCAGCGCGUUCCCCCGAGCGAGUGGGCAAGUGAAAAAGUCAAACUUCCUGCACCUUCGGACAUCCCUAAUAUACGAAUGGAAGUCAUCAAUUAUCAUCGCCCCGUCCUCGGGACUUUCCACGCGAAGUUUUGCGUGAUUGACCGAAAAAUUGGGCUCCUGCAGAGUAACAAUGUGCAAGACAACGACAAUCUGGAGAUGAUGAUGCAUUUGGAAGGUCCGAUCGUAGAUUCGAUGUAUGACACUUUCCUCGUAUGUUGGGAUAAGCGAUUCGAUCCCGCACUGCCAACGAUUGGAAGCCCUGCAUCUCAGCGCCCAAUACCCAGCCACGACAGUUCAGCUGUCGUAGCAGAGACGUCAGGGUCUGAAAUAAUAGGCUCCUCGCAAAACCAGAAUGGUAUCUUGUCGGAAUCCACAAGCUCGGAUCCUCACUACGAUCUCGACCUUGUGGAGGAAGCUAAGAGAGUGAACAGCCAAGUCCAUCCAAGGCCAAAUGAGACUAGACGAGAUGCCACUACCCGUCACCUAAACAAGAGGACGCUUGCAGACAAAGAUGGGUCUCAGCAAAGCCAUGGUCAGCCGGAUGGCCCGGACAUUACUGAGGAAGAUCAGAUGACUCCAUACAUCGUGUUGCCCAGACAUGACCCAGUUCCUAUGGCUAUGGUAAACCGUGAGCCGAACGGCUCCCCUGGGAAUUCAAACUAUCCGGUACCCCAGAACGCCGCUUGGCUGGCCGGUAUUAACAAUGCCGAAAAGUCCAUUUUCAUCCAGACGCCGAACAUGAAUGCAGAGCCUCUGCUCGAGCCCCUUUUGAAUGCAGUCAAACGUGGAAUAAUUGUGACUGCAUACGUGACACUCGGAUAUAACGAUAGCGGAGAGCUACUUCCAGGACAAAAUGGUACCAAUGAAAUGAUUGCCCAUCGUUUAUAUUCCUCUCUCUCCAGCGAGGAGGAGAAGUCGAGACUGAGGAUUCACAAUUAUGUUGCCAAGGAUCGCAAAACUCCUAUCCACAACAAGUUCAAAUAUCGCAGUAGUCACGUCAAGGUGAUGAUUGUUGAUGAAACAAUUGCUAUUCAAGACUCACCGCUAAUCUGCAAGAUAUGGCGCGAUGCAAUUGAACGCAACCAGAACACACACAAGUUUGGUCACGUCAGUUCAGAGGAUGGUUGUUGGCACGAUCCUGAAACUGGUCAAAUAGCAGAUGGCACGAUCGGUCCGGACCCUGGACGAUUCAGCUGGGCUAAGGGCAUUGUCGGGGCGGUACAGCGUGUUCGUGGAGCGGGUGGAUUUUAG